AUGGCGUUUAGAGCUCGGCCUGUGACUCUGUUGCGCCCGCGCAUCGGGGUACGUCUGCCCAUUUGCAGAAUCCGUGGUCUGGCAACGGUGGCCGAGGGCUCCCGACCCUACGAUGUCAUUGUAAUCGGUGGUGGCCAUGCUGGCUCGGAGGCAUGUGCCGCUGCAGCUCGUUCAGGCGCUCGCACUGCGCUCGUGACCCCCUCGUUAUCGAACAUUGGUGUGUGUUCGUGCAACCCCAGUUUCGGUGGAAUAGGAAAGGGCACAAUGAUUCGAGAGGUGGAUGCAAUGGAUGGUGUCGCAGGCCGAAUCAUCGACAAGGCGGGCAUCAUGUUUCGGAUGUUGAAUCGCUCCAAGGGUCCCGCGGUGUGGGGGCCGCGCGCGCAGAUCGACCGUGAUUUGUACAGGAAGUACAUGACAGAGGAAUUGGUCAGCACCGAGAACUUGAGCAUCGUGGAGGGCAAGGUGGCAGAUAUUGUGGUUUCCAAAGAGGGGGUGGAAAACACCCCGGGUGCACAGGGCAAGAUUGUCGGUGUUCGAUUGGAAUCUGGGGAGGUCCUCCCUACUGGCCGGGUGGUUAUCACUACUGGAACCUUCUUAGGUGGUGAGAUUCACAUUGGCCUCGAAGCGUACCCAUCUGGCCGGAUGGGAGAGGCCCCAACCUAUGGGCUGAGCAAGUCUCUCCGUGAUGCGGGUUUUUCGCUGGGACGUUUGAAGACCGGCACGCCACCCCGUUUGGAUAUGAAGAGCAUUGAUUUCUCAGGUCUGGAGGUUCAGCGUGGUGAUUCUCCCCCACAGCCGUUCUCAUACUUGAAUAAAACAGUCGAGGUUGGAGAUGAGGGACAACUCACCUGUUGGAUGACCCAUACCAACGAGAAGGCUCACGAUAUCAUCCGUGCAAACCUAGACAAGUCUAUUCAUAUCAGAGAGACUGUACGGGGACCUCGCUAUUGUCCGUCUUUGGAAUCGAAGAUUAUGCGAUUUAAAGACAAGACCCGGCAUCAAAUCUGGCUUGAACCCGAGGGAUUCGCACCGAACGAUGUGAUUUAUCCGAACGGAAUUUCCAUGACCGUUCCAGCAGACGCGCAGUAUGCUAUGCUGCGCACUGUACAGGGUCUUGAGAACGUGAAAAUGCUGCAACCGGGCUAUGGUGUAGAAUACGACUACAUUGACCCACGCAAUCUGCGAUCUACAUUGGAGACCAAGCUCAUCAGCGGUCUCUACCUAGCGGGUCAAAUUAACGGCACCACUGGCUACGAAGAGGCAGCCGGACAGGGUAUCAUUGCAGGCAUGAAUGCCGGCUUGGAAUCACAGGAUCGACAGCCUCUCAGUCUGACUCGGUCAGACGGUUUCAUCGGUAUCAUGAUCGACGACCUCAUCACCAAGGGUGUGUCUGAGCCAUACCGCAUGUUCACCACUCGAAGCGAGUACCGCAUCUCCACACGAUCUGACAAUGCUGAUCUUCGCCUGACACGUAUGGCUCGCGAUGCCGGCGUCGUUUCGGACAAGCGUUGGCGCCAUUUCACAGAGGCAGAGGCGCAAAUCGAACAACUCCAAGCUCUCCUUGCCAACACCAAGCUCUCGUCCUCUGCUUGGUCUCGAAAGGGCUUCAAGGUGCGCGCCGACACGUCGAUCCGUUCGGCCCUAGAAAUCUUAUGUCUCGACGGCGUGGACAUCAACGCCCUGAUCCCGCACAUUGAGUCUGCCCCUGGAGUUGCCUAUGUCCCUGAUUCCUUUGAUCCAGUCAUUCGAUCCCGUGUCGCCAUUGAAGGCCGAUAUGCUCCGUACCUCAAGCGCCAGGAGAAGAUGGCCAAGCGGUUCUUGCAAGAUGAGAAUCUCCUCUUGCCGGCCGAUCUCGAUUACGGCAUGAUCCAUGGGAUUAGCAAUGAAGAAAAACAAGCACUUGAACGCGUGCGGCCUGUCAGCGUUGGUAUGGCAAGACGAAUUGAAGGUGUCACCCCCGCUGGUGCACUGCGUCUGCUAAUGCAUGUCCGAAAGGGCACUGGGUUUACCAAAGAGGCUGGUGAUGAGGAUCCUGCGGUGGCUGAAAUGUUGCAGUCGUCCCCUUGA